UCCCUAACUAAAACAAAAAAAAAGUAGUAAAAUAAAAAAAAUAAAGGAAAAGAAAACCUUGCUCCCCAAUCCCCACUGCCCCCACCACUCUCUUGUUUAUGUCUAUAAAUAGGUAGAUCGGUGGUAGCGCUCUUCGUUUGAGAGCGAAAAGUUUAGGAAAAGUGCAAUAUCCGAUUCCAAGUGAGAGUACAGUGAAGUGAGAGAAAGUGAAUGAAGGGUGGUGAUGAGCAGUUGAAUUUGCCGGCGGGGUUCAGGUUCCAUCCGACGGACGAGGAGCUCGUGGUUCACUACCUCUGCCGCCGCUGCGCCGGCCAGAAUAUUGAUGUUCCCAUCAUAGCUGAGAUCGAUCUCUACAAGUUCGAUCCCUGGCAACUUCCUGGCAUGUCGCUAUACGGUGAAAAAGAGUGGUACUUCUUCUCUCCAAGAGACCGCAAGUACCCGAACGGUUCACGGCCGAACCGGGCGGCGGGAACCGGUUACUGGAAGGCGACCGGAGCGGACAAGCCGGUCGGGAAGCCCAAGACCUUAGGAAUCAAGAAAGCUCUCGUGUUUUACGCCGGAAAAGCUCCUGGGGGAAUCAAAACCAAUUGGAUCAUGCACGAAUACCGUCUGGCUAAUGUCGAUAGAUCUGCUUCUGCUUCAGCCAAGAGAAGCAAUCUCAGGCUUGACGAUUGGGUAUUGUGUCGAAUAUACAAUAAGAAAGGGACCUUGGAAAAGCAUUGCAACGUGGAUCAUCAAGAGGCAGUGCAGUUCUCAGAUUGCGAAGAGCAGAAGCCUAAUGUGAAUGCAUUUCCGUUGCAGUCCUUUGCGAAUGAUUUUGAUGUGUCGAUACCUAAGUUGCAUACCUACUCGAGUAGCUCCGAGCACGUGUUGUCGUCGCCCGAGUUGAAGGAAGUGCAGAGUGAGGCUAAGUGGAGUGAGUUCGAAAAUGGAAGUGAUUUCCAGUUAAAUUACACGGAUUUUGGCUUUCAAGACGACCCUUUUGGCGCCCAGGUGCAGCAUUACGAUGAUCAGAUGUCUCUGUUCCACUUUCAAGAUAUAUUUGGUUUUGUGCAAAAUUAAGCCCUUGUAAUCUAGUUUAUUGGUUUAUUUCAUUCUCACCCAAUGGUAUUGGUAUAGUGUAGUUGUAGAUAGUCAUGUACAUCUCUAUCCAUUAGCUGCGAAAAUCUUCGAAGCUGUGCACGUGCGGCGUGGAUGGCAUGUAGUAGCUUAGUACUAAUUGGCUAGUCAAAUUUGGUGGGUUUGGUUGGUGUGGUGUCCACAUUCCUAAAUGACAAAUAUUGUCAAGUCAAAACUCAAAAGAGAUGGUCAACAGUUUUAUA